AUGUUUAAAAAAUUCAAAGACAAGCUUACUGAAGAAAUGAAACAAUCGCCUGCUAGAUUUCAGGCUGGUAUGCAACAUUUAGCUCAGGCGGUGUCACCAGGUAUAUCUAACUUGUCACUUACUGGUUCAGGAGAUCAGGCGUCCUUUAAAAAUUCUAAUGACAAUUUUAGUCUUACUGACACUGAUGAUCUUGUGACACUCACUGACGAUCUAGGAGCAGCCAAAAAUAAUAAUAGUCCGAGGGAAAAUUUGAAUUUUCAAAAUAUUGAUUUAACAUCACUGUCAUCCUCGUCAUUGUUGUCUAAUAAUACCACUGGUUUGUCGAGAUCAUCCAGUGUCAAUAGUGUUACCAGCAACGAUACGCAGUCGGGAUUGUUUCCCAUUUUUGAAAGUCCUGGAAAUAUUUAUCAAUUACAGGCUAACAUGGAUCAAUCGGCGAGUGAAGCUGAUGAUACUGUGACGAAUCAUCAAUUCGAUGAGCUGUCAAAAGAAGAAAUUUAUUCAGCUUACCGUAAAUCACUUAAAAAAUACCACAAAUAUCGCGGGAGAUUCACGGAUUUAGUUAAUCACUACCGCGAAAUGGAGAGAAUAAAAGUUAAAUUAGAAACAUUGCUGGUUGAAACUCAGAACAAAGCUUUGAGGCGAAUUGGUAAUUUGAAAGAGCAGUGUACAUUGGAGCAGCAAGCUAAAGCACAUCUUGAAGAAGCUUUGAGAAAUGACAUGGAAGAGAAAGAUCAUAUUAUUGAUACUCUUAAUACCAAAAUAAAAUUACUGCAGGCUAAUGGAAGCAAAAUAGAUUUGAUGCAGCUAAAAAAUGAUCCUGUAGAUAAAAAUGAAAACGAGUCUAAUUCUACGGAUCAGAGUGAGGUCGAAUUGUUGAAACAACAACACCAACAAUUGUCAGCGGAGAAUGGUUCGUUAAAAAAUAAAGUAGAAAAGUUUGAAACUCUGGUUGCUAAGUAUAAAGAAACUUUAAAAAAAAGUAAAGAAAAAAUCGGUGAAUUGGAGCAAGAAAAAUUUACACUUGAACGAGACUUUGAGUCUAUACAGAAUUCUAAUUAUGAAAAGAUAAAAUCUCUUGAAGAAAGUUUAGUCAUCAAGAACGACGAAAUUACAAACUUACAGAGUCAAGUCACUGCAAUUCGUCUGCGUGAGGAAGAGUCUGCUAUUUCGUUGGCUGAAAAUAAAUUGGCUAUCCAUCGGGAAAUGGAGAUUAAAGAAGAGCAAAUAAAACAGCUGACGGAAAAAUUAAAAGACUUACCUGUUGUUACUGUUAAAAAUACACAAGAGUUUUCGGUGCAAACUGAUGAGAUCGUAGAUCCUAAUGAAAAAAUUAUUGAAGAGCUUAAAUUGAAGUUAGAUAAUACGCAAAAAGAAAUUGUCGCUCUGCAAACAGAACUCAGUAAUUGUAAUUCUAUUAUCACUGAAAUUAAUAAUAAGAAUGUUUCUUACGAAAAUGUCAUCAGUAGUUUGAAUAAUGAUAAAAAAUUAAUUUCGAAUUAUAUUAUUAAUUGUAGAGAAAAUAUUGAUAGCUUCAAAUCUGAACAGUUUAAAUUAAAACAACAGUUUGUUACUGAUUACAAAAAUGUUAUUGAUAAUAAUAUGUCCAGUGUUUCGCAGUCGAUUUUAGAAAUGAUUUCUAAUUGCAGUGAACGUGAAAUUGAAGAAAGAAAUAAAAUUAAGGAUCAAUUUGAGGCUAAAUAUAAUGAAUUGAAGCAAGAAACUGAUAAAUUGUACUCGGAAAUAGAACAAGUCAACUUUGAAUUGUUUGAUUAUCAAAAAUUAUGUGGCGAAACGCAAAAAAAACUAGAAAAACUUGAAGAAAGUAAAUUAAUUAACGAGAAAAAUUGUAAUGAAGAUUCGAGCAAAGAAAUUGAAGGACUAAAUAAACUGAUUGAAGAAUUAAGAGAAGAAAUUGUUUCUUUGAAUGAAAAAUGUCAAGAAAAACAUGAACAGCAGUUAGAAUGUAUAACUCAUAAUGAUUGUAUAGAUAUUAUUGAUAUUAAAAAUAAAUUUGAGGCAUUAAUGGAUAUUAUUUCUGCUAAAAAUGAUUUUAUUGAAUCAUUAAAGUCUAAAUACCGCGAGGUGCUUUGUAAAGAUAAAAUUAAGUGUAAAAAGUGUUCGGAUGUUAAAGUUAAUGAUCUUGAAAUGUUAAUGGACAUUAUUUAUACUAAAAAUGAUUUCAUUGAACAAUUAAGAUGUAGAGUAAGAGAUAAUUGUUCUGUUAUUGAUAAAUUGAAUGAUAAUAUUAACGAUUUAUGUGAAAGAAAUAAAGUUAUAGGUGAAGAAGAUAAUUCGCUCAAAAUUAAGUUGGCUGAUUUAGAGAAAAUUUUGUCCGAACUUAGAAGUGAAAAUGUUAAUUUGGCUGAUGAAAAUGAAAAUUUGAAGAGCAGUGAUGAUGACCGUGGAGAAAGAAUCAGAGAAUUGGGAAGAGAGUUGAUCGAUUUAAGGAAUAAGAACGAGGAAUUGAAGACAGAAAUUGUUGGACUGGCAGAAAGAGUUGGGGAGAAAGAUGUUUUGGUUUUGAGGCUAGAAGAAAUCGAGAAAGAAAAAGCAUUGGUUGAGGAAAAUGUUAAAAAAUUGGUUAAUGAUAAUGAGAGUUUGAAGAAAUCUUUGGAAGAAGUUAAUGAAAAUUUGAGAGUAACUUAUGAAGAGAUUCAAAAAUGUAAGGGAGUGAUAAGUGAGUUAGAAGUACAAAGUCAAAAGUUUAAGGAAGAUAUUAAAGAACGGGAUGAGAAAAUAGAAGCGCAGGCUGAAGAAAUUCAGACGAAUUUAAAAUUAGUUAAGCAUCAGAAAGAAGAAAUGAAUAAAUUAUCGGAAGAAGUAGAGAGAAGAAAUGAAGAAAUGACGAAAAGAGAUGAUAUAAUUACUAAGAGGGAUGAAGAAAUUAGAAUAAGAGAUGAAGAAAUAACGACUAGAGAUGAAGAAAUAACGAAAAGAGAUGAUGAAGUUACGAAAAGAGAUGAAGAAAUUAAUAAGUAUAAUGAAGAAAAAACGGAUUUACUUAUUAAAAUUGAUGAACUGCAAAGUUUAUUAAAAGAACAUUCCAAUGAAAAAGUAGAAUUAAAAGUACAAAUAGAUGAACUAAAUAAAUUAAAUAAGUCUUAUGAAGAUAAAAUAAAAGCAUUUGAGAAGAAAAUAAAAGAAGUUGAAGAAUCUACAAACAAUAAUAACAGUGUUGAGCUUGAAAAUUUGAAAAAAUUAGUCAAAGAACUGGAAAUAAAAUUAAAUGAUGCUGAAGUAAAAUUACAGGAUGCUGAAAGGACGGUGAUGAAUUAUAAAACCAACGAAGCACAAAUAGAAAAUAUCAAUACGGAUUUGAAAGAUGAAAUGGACAAGCUGAAAGAUCAGUUGGCUAUGGGUGAAGAAGAGCAGCGGGUGAGGAUGAAGCAGUUGGUUAAAGAAUUCCAAGCUAGGCUUGAUGAUAAAGAUCUUGAGUUACAAGCUGCGCUUGAUCAGAAAUUUGAUCGGCAGAAAAACUAUGAAAGUGACUUGAUCCAGCAGUACAAAGAACAGCUGAAGGACUUUCAGAUAGAGUUGACGGCCAAGUCUGAAGAGAUUGAAAGCUUAAGAUCUGAACAGCAUUUAUUGGUCGAUACAAAGAGUAAACAUCAUGAUGAGGUGACUCGGUUGCAAGAGACGAUAGAUAAGCUGAGAAAUGAUGCCGAUCAGAUAAAAGAUAAAUACAUUCAGGAAAAAAAUAAAAUUAUUGAAGAAAAUAAAAAAAUUCAUUUGGGUUCGCUGGGACUAACGUUAUAA